ACGCGCACGCGCCGGUCUCAGCACUGGCCGCUCUUCGGGGUUCGUUACGUCGGCUUUAUCUCCUCGUACCGUGUGUUAUCAGCAGACGUUUUCCCUAUACCACCUGCCACCAGUGGGAUCACCAGUGCUUUUACUUUGAAUAUACUGAGAUAUUCGCAACGUUACGUCUUCAAAGUUUAUCGCCUGACCAACAUUGGCAUACACCGUGGACUAUAUGAUGCUCAAAUACUGAUUCACCAGGAUGUGUCUCAAACUUUACCGUGAAACCAGGGCAAUGCUAAUCGUGACGAUUCUAGUGCUUGUGAGUGUGGUGGGUGCAAACGUGAACAUCACGGAGGUGUCCCGGGGGCAGUCGAGGAUGGCCUGGCUCCGGUCCCUGAUGGACCACCACGACUGGCCCACCUAUGUCGACAAGGAAGGCAUCGCCCUUCCUCCGCAGUGCAAGGACGACCUCAAGACAUACUUUGCGGGUUUAAACGAGGGCAAAGUGUGGGCUUCUAAAAUAUACGACGCAUCAGGCCAGUACAACCAGAACGUGAUGUUCGGCAACGAGUACUGGCUGGGCUCCUUCACCUCGUGCCGCGACCUGCAGCUCAAGCAGUACUACUCCUCCACGCCGCCCUUCGACACCAAGUUCCACAUGGUCAGGAUCAACGUCACGCUGGACGAGGACCACUUGCCGCAGAGCAGAGUGAUCCUGGUGGGCGAGUGUCUGCCAGCGUCGUGCAACGAGUCUGCCAUUCUGGCCAUCAUGGGCGAGGCGGAGGCCGCGGCGAGCAGACGGGCGGCUGCCGCCGGUCUGCCGUCCUCCGUGAAGACCGUCGGCGUGCGGCCCGUGCCCAGCUCCUACAAUAUACUACACGAUACUAAACUACAUAUUCUGGGCACCGUAUCCAUAAUAGUUUUCCUGCUGAUGGUGACGGCUUCUUGCUACGAGGGCUACCUGGAGCGGCGGUUCAAACAGAGCGCCGGACCGCGGGACCUGGAGCUCGCACAACACGAAAACAACAACAAACCGGUCAGCGACAGCACGCAUCAAGCCGAUGGGAACUCAACCAAAGACAAUCAAGACAGAGACCUUCGCCGGGAAACAUGCGGGACUUGGGCCGAGGUGUUGCUGUCAUUCUCAAUGCUGUCGAACGGCCGCGCUAUCCUCAGCACGCAUCGCCCCACCGACGGCGCUCUCACUUCACUACAUGGAAUUAGAUUUUUAUCGGUGGUAUGGGUGAUAAUGGUACACACUUAUCUGACUGUAUUUUAUAUCUCUACGAACAAGACAAUGAGAACUAUCAUAGAACGCAACUUCAUGUACCAAUCCGUUGGCAACGCUUCCUACUGCGUGGACAGUUUCUUCUUCAUAAGUGGCCUACUUGUUACUGUCCUGUUCCUAAGAACCGAAGACAAAAAAGCCGCAAAAAGAGAAGAAAUGAAACAGCAGAAAGACAAACAGGAUAUUCACAAAAACAUGAACGGUUACACGAAUUCCGCGUUAUCGGUAUCCGUAAUAAGCCAAAGUUCGUUCUGCCAGGACUUACUAGAGAAACCUAAGGGAAACUUUUAUACGAAAGGGGAAUUUUUCAGUCUUAUCAAGAAUUUUAUAGUUUUGUUUUUCUAUCGAGUUGUCCGAUUGUCACCGGCGUACGCUUUCGUGAUCGGUUUGAACGAGAUCACUCUUCGGUAUACCAACUCGCACUCGGUGUUCGAGCCGGCGCAGUACGACCACAUCACCUGUGACCAGUUCUGGUGGAGAAACCUCCUCUACAUCAACAACCUGUACUCGCAGCGGGAAAUGUGCAUGGUUUGGUCCUGGUACAUGGCCAACGACACGCAGUUUUAUGUCGUGGGCAUAAUAUUACUAUUGAUAUCAGUAAAGCAUCCGAAGUUUGCCGUGGGCUCGCUGGGACUGAUCAUGGUGAGCUCGUGGGCUACCACCAUCUACAUCUCCGUAUCGAGCAUGUACAAGGCGCGGAUACAGGAGCCGUUUGAAAUGUUCGACGGGCUGUACGAUAAGCCCUGGUCCAGAAUCGGUCCCUAUUUAGUCGGCAUGAUCGUGGGCUGGUACCUGCACAAGACGAAGUGCCAGGUGAAGAUGCCAUACUGGCUGGUUGCUGUUGGCUGGCCAACCUCGCUGGCCAUCAUUGGCAGCCUGAUCUUCGGCAUGGUGGACGGCUAUUUCGAGGUCUGGCCGACCGCCUUCUACGUCAGCGUGGGACAUACCGCGUGGGGCGUGGCGCUGGCCUGGGUGAGCAUCGCCUGCUGCUGCGGCUACGGGGGCCUAGUCAACUCGGUGCUCUCGUACCGGGGGCUGCUGCCGCUGAGCCGGCUCACCUACUGCGCGUACCUAGUGCACCCCACCAUCAUGAUGUACACCUGCUUCCUGUUGGACGGGCCCUUCCAUUUGCAGAACUCUAUGGUGAUAAUUUCGUACUCGGGGUACGCGGUGAUGGCGUUCGUGACGUCGUUCGUGAUCUCGCUGGCGUUCGAGGCGCCCGUCGUGCGGCUGCUCAAGAUCGUCAGCGGCGGACACCGCAAAACCAAAAGCCAUUAAUACGCUUCAUCUAGUAGUAAUCAAUGUAGCUAGAAAUAAGUUGAGCGUUUCGCUUGUCCAUAUUGGAACGAAACUAUGUACUGAGCUAUUUGUAAUAGCUGCGUAGGAUUAUUUAUGCAUACAUUAUUAAUUAAUCCAUAUCGUGGUCACCGUACAAAAUGAUAAAGUACCUAUGCGACAGUGGCGUUGCAUUGUACUUAUAGUACAGUGGAAUUGAGCAAAACUAGAGUUCAAUUGAUAUACAGGGCACGUGGAGAGCAAUGCCUUGCUAGUCGCAGCCUGCUAAUUGGGAAUCCGGCCUCUUUACACCAACCAACGGAGGCUUUGAGAAAUUUCGGUCUUGUUUUUUAAUUUUGAAAGAAGAGUGUGGAAUGUAUAUACUUAACCUACUUUAAAAUGAUCGAUAUCGAAUAUUCCAAUAAUACUUUUCAUUGUACUGU